AUGGGAUCUCUCUGCUUCUCCUCGGCCUCAAUUCUUCGUUGCGAAUCUUUCACCACACUCGAGUCCCAGCUACUCAUAAUUCCGACUGCGUUGGAGCUUUUGUUUACGGCGUCGGUGAUAUUCAAAAACUGGGGGACUGGUCGGAGGCAUCUGCUUCUCACAGCCGAAGGAUGGACUUACUUCGCGCUCGCCUUACUUGAGUUGCUCUCCCACAACAUCCCCGCUGUGCGGGACAAUGUUUCUGUGUUCAGUGUAGUGGAUAUAGUGCUGGGUGCAACUUCUUUUAUUCCGAUUUUCUUCUACACGUUAUUCCUAUACUUAUUCACACGCGGAGAACUCGUCAAUACCCUUCCUCGACGUUUUCAAAACGUCUCCAGCAUCUUGCUCUUCUUCUUUAUCCCUACCAUCGUCGCCGUCAAUGAAUUAGCAUCCUUCAUAGGGGUAUCCCGGCGUACGCUCAACAUCGACGGAAAGGAAGUCGUUGCAAUCGGCUUCAAGACCUUCAACGACCAACAACUAUGGACAUUCCUCACAAGCAUCACCCUCGCUCUCCUCACCGCCUACCAGGCAAUCAACUUUUGCUUCGCCUUCUAUCGACUGAUCCGAGCAUUUAUUGACCAACGCCGAAUAGAAACAACCUCGACGGACCAAGCUCAUCCUAUCCGAGGCAUUGGAUGGAUCUCUGCUGCCUUCAAAUUUGGAGCGAUUGAAACUGUUAUCGGUUUUGCGCAGGACAGUGGAUUUGGUGGUGCCUUGACCCGACGCAUUUUUCGUUUACUGUCGCGCGCGUUCCUCGUCAUUGGCGCUAUAAAAGGACUCGAUCGUAUCGACGACUUCACGGAAAUUACAAAGGAAUUGAAUGCAAAUCGGCCUAUGCGACGCUCCCGAAUGGCCGUUUUGAUCUCCAACCCGCGUUUUAGCACCUUUCAACAGUUGACACCAACCGCCUCUCAAUUUUACGAUGCGAGAAAAGACCUACCUCCGCAGCAACCACAAAUGGCUGAAUUCUCUCAACUCAGACGUGAUGCAACAAUCGCCGAGCGACAACCCCCGCAACCUUUGUUGCGAACGAUGACGCAAGCUUCACAAAUGACGGCUGCUACGCAGUUUACACAAGAGAGCUUGACCCACCUUCGGCCGCGAGAAAGGGUCACAGUUCAUUAUGGAAGUGGUCUGCCGCCGACUCUGUCCAUGCGAUUCUCUGGUCUUGAUAUGCCAAGUCCCGCGGUCAUCGCCGAGAGUGUCAAAGCCCGCCCUGUGUCGUCAAGUUGGGUGUCUAUCGCACAGUCUUCUCGCUAUGCCCCAAGCGCUACUGUCCCUUCAUUUGCAUUCGAUGCACCGCCUGUGCCCAUAACAUAUCCAGAAUUCAUCUACGGCCCCGGCGUCGAAACGACUCCCCGCCAGCACCAGCGCGCUGUAUCGGAAUUCAGUGUCCGAAGCUCUACUUAUCCUGACUCCUUGCAUGCUGUCCACGAGCUGGCGGGUCAAUUCCCAGGCACUCCGUUCCAACAAUCCUCCCCAAUGGUGGAGAAGAGCGAAUGGCACGAUGAUCCUGAGUCACCAGAACCCGUCUACCACUAUCAAUACGAUGGUCAACCAACUUCGCCUGGACGUCCACAUGCUUACUCUCCCCCCGUCGUCAACCCUCAGACCCCUCUUCGCCAACAUCGGAUAACCCAGAGCGAUACCACACUGGGCACUUCUCCACAGACGGGUCUCGCCUAUCUUUCUCCAUUCGCAGAAUUGAGCUCUACCCCUGCGACAGAAGUCAGCAGUGAAGAUCCGUUCCAGUAUGACAAUCGCAAGCAGCCUGGCAUCGUGCAAGCAGUGAAAUUGGAGGAUGGACCUCAAAAUGGCGGAAUGCCAUAUGAGCGUACAUCUGCUGCUCUGUUACAGAUGACCCAGCGUGAAGACGUGGAUUGGACUCCUGCCGGAUUCACUCCUGAUAUCCUUCCUGCUGCUUCGAAUCCAUCUCUUUCCUCGCGACGCACCCUGAAGAAGAAACGACAACCGGGCAUGACAUCUGCAACUACGGACACUUUUGCCAAACCUUGGUUAGAGGACGACCCAGAAGAAUACAACAACGAUGAACAACGUAUAGUUGGUCCAGCGCGCGUCAAGAGCGUUGGCCGUCAGCGGGCACCUCAAAAGGCGACACCUGUUCCUGUCAAUACGAAGCAUGGCCUAACGAGGGGGAGCGUUUACAUCCAACCUAUCACUGUUCCUCCUCAAGAAUUUCACACGGAGGUGCAGAUUGUCCAGGGCGGCAGUAGUGCAGAUAGCUACCAGAGUGAGUUUACUGAGAAUCGAAACUAG